GUUUCAUGACCCGGUUUCCGCAGCGCCCGCCGCAGGCUGGUGUGUCCGUGGCAUGCGGGCUGUGUAGGCAUGGGGACUCCUCCGGGCUUGCAGACCGAUUGUGAGGCGCUGCUCAGUCGCUUCCAGGAGACUGACAGCGUUCGCUUCGAGGACUUCACGGAACUUUGGAGGAACAUGAAGUUCGGGACCAUCUACUGUGGUAAAAUGAGAAAUUUAGAAAAGAACACAUUUACAAAGGAAGCUUUAGCUUUGGCUUGGCGAUAUUUUUUACCUCCAUACACCUUCCAGAUAAGAGUUGGUGCUUUGUAUCUGCUAUAUGGAUUAUAUAAUACCCAGCUAUGUCAGCCAAAACAAAAGAUCAGAGUUGCCCUAAAGGAUUGGGAUGAAGUUUUAAAGUUUCAGCAAGAUUUGAUAAAUGCACAACAUUUUGAUGCAGCUUAUAUUUUUAGGAAGUUACGACUAGACAAAGCAUUUCACUUUACAGCAAUGCCUAAAUUGCUUUCAUAUAGAAUGAAGAAGAAAAUUCAACGAGCUGAAGUUACAGAAGAAUUUAAGGAUCCAGAUGAUCGUGUAAUGAAACUUAUCACUUCUGAUGUAUUAGAGGAAAUGCUGAAUGUUCAUGAUCAUUAUCAGAACAUGAAACAUAUAAUUUCAGCUGAUAAGUCCAAGCCAGAUAAAGCCCUCAGCUUGAUAAAGGAUGAUUUUUUGGAUAAUAUUAAAAACAUAGUUUUGGAGCAUCAGCAGUGGCAUAAAGACAGAAAGGAUCCUUCUUUAAAAUCAAAAAAUAAAGAUGGAGAAGAAAAGAAGGAAGAAAAGUCACAAGAAUCAGAGAGAUGUGAAAGGGCAGAAGCAUUAGCAAGAAUAAAAUCAAAAGCCUUUUCAGUUGUUGUUCAGGCAUCCAAGUCAAGACGGCAUCGUCAAGUCAAACUUGACUCUUCUGACUCUGAUUCUGCAUCUGGUCAAGUACAAACUGAAACAACUAAGAAAAAGAAAACCAGAGGAACACUGAAGUCAGCAGGAAGGAAGAUUUCAUCCAGAAACAAAGGUAAUGUGAAGAAUGUACAUAAGGAAGAAAAGUCUUUAAGUCUGAGUAUGCCUGUAAUUACAGAAGAGGAAGAGGAGACAGAAGAUUUUAGUGAAACAGAGUUCACUGUACCCAAGAGGAAAAGAAAACACUGAAUGAAGAGCCUGAUGUAAAGUUUUACAUUUUGAGCUUUCUGACAGAAGAAAAGGUUUAUAUUUUGUGAAUAGGAGGACUACCAGUAUUGAAAAUAAUUCUUCUGGGAAACAGUAAUUUCUUUGAAAUGGGAAUAUCUUAUCAUAGUUUAAGAGUUGGACUAGGAAUUUACUCUGAAAUUUAAUUUUUAAUGUUCUGUUAUAAAAUCUAUAUAAGUAGAGAUAAAACUUGCAUUUAGAAUAUAAUAGAAAUAAUCCUGUUAUUUGCAGAUUAUUGCCAUUUCCUGUAACAUUUUGUGAUAGCCUACUGUCUCACAAUUCUGAUAAUAUUAACUUAUUUAAAUUUUUUAUUGAAAUAUGAAUAUUUAUUACAUAUAAGUGAAUUUUGUAUCUAUUAUAUGGUAAUAGAUUUGUAUGUGAUGUAUAUUUACUAGUUUUUCUGUUGUAUGGUUAAGUUCAAUAAAAAUUUUGCCUUAUUUGCUUUAUUUUUUAACAACACUUAUGAAGUUCAAUAUCAAAUAUGAAGCUCAAUAGCUUAUGUGAUUUAAUAACUUAAGUUCACAACUCAUUUUCUAAUUCAAUUAAUUUUUUUUUUGGUUGGGGUGUACUGGGGAUUAUUGAAUCCAGGGGGCUGAACAACUGAGCCACAUCCCCCAAGCUUUUUAAAUAUUUUAUUUAGAGAUGGGUCUCACUGAGUUACUAAGUUCCUUGCUAAUUUACUGAAGCUGGCUUUGAACUCUCAAUCUUCCUGUCUCAGCCUUCCAAGUUGCUGGGAUUACAGACCUAAUUACAUAUUCUUUAGUGCUUGUUUUAAAGCCCUCCUUAGUCAAAUAAAUACGUGUAUGCAUUCAUCUAUGUUUGUGUAUAUGUGGUAUAUAUGUACAUUUGUGUUCAUAUAGAUAUAAAGAGUAGUCAAUAAACUAUUUAAUCAUAAUACUUAAGUAUUAUUUCUAAUAAAACCUUUAGGAGUAAUAUAAAGUUCAGAAUGUAUCUCUGGUACAGAAUAUUUGGUAAUCACAGAAAAUAUUUCUAUAGCUUCAUGAAUGGACCACUCUUAAUUUCUUAUUGCAGACAUUUAAAUAGAGAUUGCUUGAGCUAUGAUAUUUGAUUGCUGCCAGUAGCAGAUCAUUUCCAUACCAUGUGAUUGGUUCAACCUGACUUCUGUUGAUUAUGCUUCAUGUUGUUUUCCACAUUGUAAGUUAGGAAUUAAAGUCUUGGUUAAAGAAUAAA